AUGCCUGCUAGAACCUCGGGUCAUGCGCCGAAUGGCAAAAGGAAGGUCAAGACCGAAGACAAGUCUCUUAAACGGAAGCGCAACCAGGACGAUCUGCAACAACUGAAGAAGGCAGUUGACGAGUUCGACCCAAAGGCGACAGAGAUCACCAAAUUCACCGACCUACCGCUCUCAUCACCUACUCGCUCCGGUCUCGAUGCAUCGCACUUUCAGACCCUCACCGAUAUCCAGGCCAAGGCCAUCGGACCAGCUCUCAAGGGUCGUGACAUUCUCGGCGCCGCAAAGACAGGAUCCGGCAAGACUUUGGCAUUCAUGGUGCCAGUGCUAGAGGCCCUCUUCCGCGCACAAUGGACUGAGCAUGACGGGCUGGGUGCCCUCGUCAUCUCGCCGACCCGAGAGUUGGCAGUACAAAGUUUCGAGGUGCUGCGCAAGAUUGGUCGACACCACACAUUCUCGGCCGGUCUGGUGAUAGGAGGAAAGAGCUUGCGCGAAGAGGCGGACCGAUUGGGCCGCAUGAACAUCUUGGUGUGCACACCGGGCCGUAUGCUCCAGCACCUGGAUCAGACCGCUGGCUUUAAUGUUGACAACUUACAAAUACUUGUUCUGGACGAAGCCGACCGAAUCAUGGAUAUGGGAUUCCAGAGCGCCGUCGACGCCCUUGUAGAGCAUCUCCCAAAGUCGAGGCAGACAGUCUUGUUCAGCGCAACGCAGAGCAGAAAGGUCUCUGACUUGGCUAGACUGUCGCUCAAGGACCCCGAAUACAUCUCUGUCCACGAAGCAUCAACCUCCGCGACCCCGAGCACACUGUCACAACAUUAUCUCAUCACACCUCUACCCGAAAAGCUGGAUACACUGUAUUCAUUUAUCAAAUCGAAUCUCAAGAGCAAGAUCAUCGUGUUCAUGUCGUCAGGAAAGCAAGUACGAUUUGUCUACGAGUCGUUCAGACAUUUACAGCCGGGUAUUCCCCUGCUCCACCUGCACGGUCGCCAGAAGCAAGUUGCGCGCAUGGAAAUCACGAGGCGUUUUACAUCAGCUCAAUAUUCUUGUUUACUGGCUACGGACGUUGUCGCCCGUGGAGUCGACUUUCCCUCUGUCGACUGGGUCGUGCAGAUGGACGCCCCCGAGGAUGCCGAUACCUAUAUUCACAGAGUAGGUCGAACCGCACGAUAUGAAAGAGACGGCAAGGCCAUUCUAUUCCUUGACCCCAGCGAGGAGGAAGGCAUGUUGAAGAGGCUCGAGCAAAAGAAGGUUACAGUUCAAAAGGUCAAUGUCCGCGAUAAGAAGAAGAAACAGAUCACCAACAGCAUACAAGACAUGUGCUUCCACAACCCAGACUUGAAAUACUUGGGACAAAAAGCAUUCAUCAGUUAUACACGCUCGGUCGGACUACAAAAGGACAAGGACAUUUUCGACCUUAGGGCAUUGGACCUGGAGGGAUAUUCGGCAAGCUUGGGUCUGCCCGAGAUGCCACGGGUCAAGUAUCAGAAGCCCGAAGAUGUCAAGAAGCUCAAGAACAGGUCACGGGCCGAGCUCUCGAGCGGUUCCGAAUACGACUCUGACGGCGAGAAGAUUGCCAAAUCCAAGAAGAAGGACGAGGUGCGCACGAAAUACGACAAGAUGUUUGAACGCAAGAAUCAAGACGUGCUGUCCGAGCACUACUCGAAACUCCGCAACGACGUGGAGGAGGACGACGACUUCUUUGGCGUCAAGCGGGUACUCAAGGAUGACGACCUCGACUCGGCAGCCAAGGACGAAGACGUGCGAGGCAAGGUGGUCCCCGUGUACGGUGGCCAGGAGCUGGUCAUCGACUCGAAGCGCAGGGAAAAGCUCAUCACGUCCAAGAAGCAGAUGCUCAAGUACAAGGGCAAAGGUACGAGGGUUGUGUUCGACGACGACGGCGAGGCCCACCAGUUAUACGAGCUCCAGGGCGAGGACGACUUCAAGCGGGAGGGCUCGGCCGAGGCGCAGCGGAGGGCGUUUGUGGAUGCCGAGACCGACCGUGUACGCGAGGCCGACGUGGACGACAAACAGCUCGCCAAGGAGAAGCGGCAAGAAAAGAAGAUCAAGCGCAAGGAGAGGGAAAGACUGGAGAACUCUGGCCAGGACAUGCCGGGCAAGGAUCAGCCUGCCCUGGGCACGUCCGAGGACGCAGAACAGGCCAUGGACUUUUUGCGGUCGCUGCCCAUUCGCGAAGACGCCGGCGGAAGCGACGGCGAGGACGAGCGACCAAAGAAGAAGGCCAAGAAGUGGUUCCAAGACGACUCGGACGACGAGGCCGAGAAGAGCAACAAGAAGGGCAAGGGCAAGGUCAUCGAGGUCACGGAUGCACCAAAUACUCUGGAGGACUACGAGGCAUUGGCGCAGGGUCUGCUGGAUUAA